AGCGUAAACAGUUUGGUUUUCAAAGAUCGAUUAUUGAUCUUGUUCAUAGGCCUAUUGGGAAAAUGUUUUAUAGGCAAAGUUUUGUAUUAAGCUUUUAUAAAUACAAAACAUAAAACAUGAAAAACGUAAUUCUGUUACAUGUUCACACUUUAAAUGUUCUUAUUACGUUCGAUUACGUAUGAAAAUGUAUUAGUAUACCGUAUUUGUACUUAUAAAAUGAAGAUAAUUUAGUGCAAUUAGACUGACUACACGAUUGUAACGAUAAUUAAUACAUUGUAAGAGUUCAGGGGCGAAUAAAGAGGGUGGUCAGUGGGGAAUGUGCGCCCCCCUUCACCAUAUUAUUCAAAGAUUUAAAAUUUUACAACUGUAGAACACUAAAAUAUUUAUUCCUAAGGAUAUAUUAUGGAACGUAAAUUUCAUAAUUGUGUUCUAUUAUACAAUAUAUACCAUUAAAUUACAUGCAAGCCUCUACAUAGAGGUAGUAGUACAGUAAAUUAUGGGAGUUGUCAUGUUAGAUGACCAAUGUUAUCAUGACUAGAAAUGUAGCGCAUCUUCUUCAAUGUAAAAUUAAGUGAAGGAAAAUUAAAUUAAAUAACAUUGCAUAAAAUUGAUUACAAUUUGACCGACUCAUUGUUGGUUUAAAUAUACAAUACUGUAACGUAUAAUUCGCUACACUAAAAUAGGAGCCAAAUUAAUAGGGAUAAGGUGUUGCCACAGUUUGCUAUUUAAAGCUGACCAUUCUUCAUGGGCCUACUAAUAGAAAUUUGUAACUUAGCUUUAAGAUAUAAAAAUAUACAAUUUAAAGGUAAACUUUGUAAUUAUCCGAAGGCAACUAUAUUUGGAACGGUUUCUCUUACUGGUGACCUAAAAACGACAUUAUUAGAAAGAACAGACUGUACGUGAUCUGAUUUCGGAAAUGGUGGACGAACUGGGACGUGAUCUUGGCGCCACUCCGCACUUCUGGCGGUAAAAGAAAAACAAGCCUCGUGAUAGUAUUCAAGUUCAGAUCACGUUCGAGCACUUUUAUAUUCAUAACACGUACGUGUUUUUAGUGUAAUAAUAAAUAGUAGAUGGGGACAGAGUGGUCUACAGUACUUCCCGCCGACAUCUCUUUUUUUCAGGACGGAGUAAACAAGAACCGAUCGUCAUAGUAAUAUGCAACUUUUACAUACCACUCGACUGUCAUCUGUAGCCAUGCCUGGACCUUGCUGUGGAUCUGGAGGCAAAUGCCAAGGAUCCGCGUGUAACUGCGGUGCUGCCUGCAACUGUGGCCGCACUCAAUGUUCUAGCAGUCGUGUUCCCACAUUGGUAACUUGUGCAAUGCUGAUGUACUGACCGCAAUGUUGCAGAAUGCCAAGGAUCCGCGUGUAACUGCGGUGCUGCCUGCAACUGUGGCCGCACUCAAUGUUCUAGCAGUCGUGUUCCCACAUUGGUAACUUGUACAAUGCUGAUGUACUGACCGCAAUGUUGCAGAAUGCCAAGGAUCCGCGUGUAACUGCGGUGCUGCCUGCAACUGAGGCCGCACUCAAUGUUCUAGCAGUCGUGUUCCCACAUUGGUAACUUGUGCAAUGCUGAUGUACUGACCGCAAUGUUGCAGAAUGCCAAGGAUCCGCGUGUAACUGCGGUGCUGCCUGCAACUGAGGCCGCACUCAAUGUUCUAGCAGUCGUGUUCCCACAUUGGUAACUUGUACAAUGCUGAUGU